AUGACGGCGGCUCUUGUUCGCCGUACGGCUCUCACUCAUAAUAGAUGGACUGUGAGGCAUAACCGCUCCAUUGGCCAGUGGCCUCCACGGCGGUCACAGAGCACCUUCAACCACUUUGUGGCAAGCACCAAGCUCCAGCCAAGCUCUCCACCGCCGCAGCUAAAGUCCGAUGCGAAGCCUUUUAGACUUGCCGUCAAGGACAACAUCACCACGGAAGAGUUCCCGACGCAAUGCGCCUCGGGCAUCCUAGGCCAACAUGCCUCUCCCUUCGAAGCCACGAUUGUGCGCCAGCUCCGGGCACGCGGGGCAUCUAUAGUUGGAAAAACGAACAUGGAUGAGUUUGGCAUGGGCUCGCACUCCACGCACUCCAUUCACGGGCCGGUCCGAAAUCCCUUGGCGGCCACCGGCGAGGAUGUGUCCGCGGGAGGCAGCUCCGGAGGCAGUGCGGUGGCAGUUGCGGUUGGCGAUGCAGAUGUUGCGCUCGGCACGGAUACGGGUGGCUCAGUCAGGCUGCCGGCUGCGUAUACUGGCAUUGUUGGGUACAAGCCCAGCUACGGCAUGCUCUCGAGGUUCGGCGUUGUGCCGUACGCAAACUCAUUGGACACUGUUGGCUUGCUUGCGCGAGACGUCGAGCUCAUCCGGAAACUGGUGUUCGACACGGGGCUGUGCGAAGAACACGAUCCCAACGAUCCCACCUCCUUGAGUGUCGCGACCCGCCAACGCUGUUCCAAAGCGUCCUCUCCAAACAUCUCGGACUUGUCCCAGCUUACCAUUGGCAUCCCCGUCGAAUACAACAUCGCCGAGCUGGACCCUUCCAUACGUGAGGCUUGGAUUGCUACGGCCUCAGCCUUAGAGUCACAAGGCGCUCGUGUAGUUCCGGUAUCUCUUCCUUCAACAAAGGAAGCCCUCUGCGCAUACUACAUCCUCGCCCCGGCCGAGGCGUCCUCCAACUUGGCCAAAUACGACGGAGUGCGAUACGGCAUUCGCGGGUCUGAAGGAGAUGCCGCCGGAGAAACCCUCUACUCCGAAACUCGCGGCGCUGGCUUUGGUGCCGAAGUCAAGCGCCGUAUCCUCCUGGGAACCUAUAGCCUCAGCUCCGAAGCCAUGGACAACUAUUUUAUCCAAGCGCAGAGGAUACGCCGGCUCAUCCAGCGGGACUUUGACAGAGUCUUCAAGCUGGAUAACCCGCUCUACGAACCCAGGCAGUUUGACCUGAGCGAAAUGUCUUCCGAUACCGCUCUCGAAGAUAAGCAAGGGCCUGUACAGGUUGAUUUCUUGCUGUCGCCGACUGCGCCGACAUACCCGCCCAAGCUGAGCGAUAUUCAGAAGCGCAGCAGCGUCGAUGUGUACAUGAACGACGUCCUUACUGUUCCGGCCAGUCUUGCUGGUCUGCCUGCCGUUAGUGUUCCGGUCAAGAUUGACCAAGGCCACCAAUUCCCUGCUGGACUCCAGUUGAUUGCACAGUACUGGGACGAUAGAAGAUUGUUGGCGUUGGCAGACAAGGUGGUGAAGCUAAUGGCGGCAUGAUUUGGCUUGUAUUAUAUUGAUGA